CCCCUUUGCCUUCUUCGUUAUACUUCGUCACGUCAAGAGCAUUACAUCGAUUCGAGCCCUGUCUUGGAGGCAGCCUUUCUAGUGUCGAGGAGGAGCGUGGAAGCAUGGCCAACCAGGGGGACUGCUUCCAUGCGGUGCGUGAGCAUCGUCCUGCGAGGGCUCCCAUUCCCGGCAAGCGCAAUAUUAUGGUCACGAGCGCGCUGCCUUACGUCAACAAUGUGCCGCACCUGGGCAACAUAAUCGGAUGUGUUUUGAGUGCUGAUGUUUACGCUCGUUACUGCCGGAGGCGGGGCUACAAUGUUAUCUACAUGUGUGGGACUGACGAGUACGGGACUGCUACUGAGACUAGGGCUAUGGAAGAGGGCCUCACUCCUCGGGAGAUUUGUGACAAAUACCACGCUAUCCACCGAGACAUUUACGAGUGGUUCGAUAUCGACUUUGAUAAGUUCGGACGAACAUCCACACCUCAGCAGACUGAAAUUGCACAGGCUAUCUUCAUGUCCUUGUACGAGAAGAAAAGGCUGAAUGAGAAUACAAUGAUUCAGCCUUAUUGCACAACUUGCAACCGAUUUUUGGCGGACAGGUUGGUGGAGGGUACAUGUCCAACACCUGGUUGUGGUUACGAGGAUGCUCGUGGGGAUCAAUGCGACUUGUGCGGGAAGCUCCUCAAUGCAGAUGACCUGAUCAAUCCUAGGUGCAAGGUUUGUGGCAACACUCCAGAGAAGCGUCCGACGGACCAUCUAUUUUUAGAUCUUCCUGGCCUCAAUGAUCAGCUGCAGUCGUAUAUCAACAAUACUUCGAAACGAGGAGGCUGGAGUUCCAAUUCCAUCCAACAAACCAACGCUUGGAUUCGUGAUGGACUGAAAGAGCGGUGUAUUACUCGUGAUCUUAAGUGGGGUGUCCCAGUUCCGCUGGAAAAGUACAAGCAUAAGGUAUUUUACGUGUGGUUUGAUGCUCCGAUUGGUUACAUCUCGAUCACGGCCAAUUACAGUCCUGAAUGGGAGAAAUGGUGGAAAUCCCCUGAAGACGUCGAACUAGUACAGUUUAUGGGAAAAGACAAUGUUCCAUUCCAUACGGUUAUCUUUCCCUCGACACUUUUGGGUACGGAGGAACCGUGGACGCUGAUGAAGACUAUCAGUGUCACUGAAUAUCUAAACUACGAGUCAGGCAAGUUCUCUAAAAGUCGAGGGGUUGGUGUGUUUGGCAAUGAUGUUAAAAGUACUAACAUACCUGUCGAAGUCUGGAGAUAUUACCUUCUUACAAACCGGCCAGAGGUUUCUGACACACUAUUUACAUGGGUGGAUUUACAAGCCAAACAAAAUAACGAAUUGCUGAAGAACUUAGGCAAUUUCGUUCAUCGGACGCUAUCUUUCUUAGCGAAGCCAUUAGGGGAAGGAGGCUUUGGGAAGGUUGUUCCAGAAGUUGGCAAUCCAGAGGAGCAUGAACUAACCAGAAAUCUUGCCAUUAAGGUCAAGAGCACAGUAGAUGAAUAUAUUAAAAGCAUGGAAGCUGUGAAGUUGAAGGGUGGUCUGAAGGCCGCUAUGCAAGUAUCCAGUCUUGGCAACCAGUAUCUGCAGGAUAGUCAAUUCUGGAAGCUAUACAAGGAGGACAAGCCCUCGUGUGCAAUAGUGCUAAAGACUUCAGUCGGUUUGGUACAUCUGUUGGCAACACUCCUCGAGCCUUUUAUGCCAUCAUUUUCUCACAAGGUACUUGCGCAACUAAAUCUUCCUGUAUCAACAUUGUCUCUCGUGGAAGAGAACGAUGAACUGGAACGAGCUUAUAAGCCUUGGAUGCUGGUCCAAUCAGGUCACUCCAUCGGCAGUCCUGAGCCUAUUUUUGCUGAAAUGAAAGACGACGAAAUGGAAGGCUACAGACAAAAGUUUGCUGGCAGCCAGGCCGACCGAGCGGCAGCUUUGCAGUCUGCAACUGAGGCUCUGUCUGUGUCGAAUUCAUCUACAGUUGCACCAGAGAAAAACACCAAGGGAAAGAAAGGUGGAAAUGCUGCAACGGGAAAGAAGAUUCCGGCUGUUGCAAAGGAUCUGCCUCUGGAUGUUUCAAGGCUUGAUAUACGGGUUGGUCUUAUUACGGACGUGAAAAAACAUCCAGAUGCUGACUCUCUCUAUGUGGAGCAGAUUGAUGUAGGAGAGUCUACUCCUAGGACGGUCGUCAGUGGACUUGUGAAGUUCAUCCCUAUUGAGCAGAUGCAGAAUCGGAAAGUGUGUGUGCUUUGUAACUUGAAGCCAGCAGCUAUGAGAGGAAUCAAGUCUCAAGCAAUGGUUUUGGCUGCUUCAAACGCUGACCAUACUGUGGUUGAGCUCGUUACCCCUCCUGAAGGCGCUGCUGUGGGCGAGAGGGUAACAUUCCCUGGUUAUACUGGCGAACCAGACGAUGUUCUUAACCCCAAGAAAAAGAUAUGGGAGAGUGUGCAACCUGACCUUCACACCGGAAGUGAUCUAGUUGCUCAGUAUAAAGAUGUACCUUUCACCACAUCUUCUGGAAUCUGUAGAGUCCAAACUAUUGCUAACGGCGGGAUCAAGUAGUUUGACGAGGUGCCUCCCCAGUGCACCUCAUUGAAGUGUCCCUCCUAGCAACGGAUACAAUUUAUUGGUUCUAAUUUUGCAGUGAACUGGCCCUGUGCUCAAGUUUUUCAACCGUCGUCUAGAUUGUGAAAGAAUGUAUAAUAGCGUCUUUUGAGUUGGGUAUUCAAAAUCACGCUGCCAAAUUAUGGCCGUUGAAGGUACUUUCAAAAGGGAUUUAAUUGCAAUGAGCCUUAAAUCGUAAAAUAAAACGUGCGAGGUACUCUAGAAGGUGACACAUCUAGAGAGCGACAAACAGAUAUUUAUUCCAGAAUUGUUUCAGUGAGGUAUUUAGUGGCUAUUUUACGAUGUCUAUUUAGAAAAGCUACGGAAUCUGUUUGAAGACCCUAAAUCAAAGCUUGAAAUUUUCCUGAUUC